UAUAUCAGCAGUUAUAAAAUGUGACUUUCAAAAUUCAGCCACAUCUUAAAAUACCCUCUGGUGAGAGACACACAUCUCUUCAUAUUGCACUACUGGGAAUGGCAAUGUCACCAUCAAGAUUUUAUCAUGUUGUUCUUCAAAUAAUUGUAUUUAUCCUAUCAUCACUACUCUUGGGACCCAAUGAGUGCAAUGCUGCCAGCAAUCAAUUCUGCACAAACCGAAGUAAUGGUCACUAUGAGAACACUGCCGAUCCACAUUAUUUCAUACAGUGUUUUGACGGAAAUUACUAUUUAAUGCCUUGUCCUGCACAACUGGUUUAUUAUGCAAGUAAAGGAUAUUGCGACUUUCCUGCUAUCACUACUCCUAGUUCAGGUGUAACCACCACAACAACAACUUUAAUUCCCACAAAAAUUACUUCAGCAAUUACUGCAGCAUCAUUUUCUUCUUCCACAAGUCAGUCACCUACAACAAAAUCAACUUUCCCUUCUAUUUCAUCAUCUACAUCCACAAAGUCUACAGCCACACCAACUACAACUAGUAACUCUGUCAUAUCAUCUGCAUCAAAAUCAGCCACUGCUUCAGUAUCGACAAUUAGCACUAAAACCGACUCUACAUCAACUACUUCCACAUCAAACCCUGCAGCUGUCACUGAUUCCACAAGUACUGCUUCCAAAUUGACAUUCAGCACUAAAAGUGAUGUUUCACAAGCUGCCUCUGCAUCAUCAUCUACCAUUAUGAGUGUUUCCUCAUCAAUAUCCAGCACUAAAACUGAUUAUGCAUCAACGUCCUCCACAUCACUGGCUACAGCUGUUUCCCUUUCAACAAAACAGUCAUCUGCCAUGGAUUCUUCAGCAACUCCAGCUACACAGAAGUCUAGCUCCAACACUGACUCCACAGGACCCAAUGGGUGCAGUGCUACACACAAUCAAUUCUGCAAAGACAAAAGUAAUGGUCUCUAUGAGUACACCGGCAAUCCACAUUAUUUCAUACAAUGCUCUGAAGGAAUCUGCUUUUUAAAGUUUUGUCCUGCACAACUGGUUUAUCAUGCAAGUAAACAAUAUUGCGACUAUCCUGCUAUCACUACUCCUAGUUCAGAUGUAACCACCACCACAACAACUGUAAUUCCCACUACAAUAACUUCAGCAGCUGCUACAUCACCAGCAAGUACUGCAUCAUUUUCUUCAACAUCUCAUACUUUUCCAACAAGUCAGUCACCUACAACAGAAUCAACCUUCCCAUCUAGUUCAUCAUCUACAACUACAGCUACAAGUAGUACCUCUGUCAUAUCAACUGUAUCAAAAUCAGACACGACACUGUUUUCCUCCACAUCAAUACCUACUCUUAACACUAAUUCUGCACCCACUACCUCCUCGCCAACACUCAGCACUAAAACUGACUCUGUACCAACCUCCUCUACAUCAAAACCUGGUACUUCCACUGAUUCUACAGCCACUGCUUCAGUAUCAGCACUUAGCACUAAAACCGACUCUACAUUAACUACUUCCACAUCAAACCCUGCAGCUACCACUGAUUCCACAAGUACUGCUUCCAAAUUGACAUUCAGCACUAAAACUGAUGUUACACAAGCUGCCUCUACAUCAUCAUCAUCUCCCAUUAUGAGUGCAAUAUCCAGCACUAAAACUGAUUCUACAUCAACUUCCUCCACAUCACAGCCUACAGCUGUUUCCCUUUCAGCAACACAGUCAUCUGCCAUGGAUUCUUCAGCAACUCCAGUUACACAGAGGUCUAGCUCCAACACUGACUCCACAGAUGUAACCACCACCACAACAACUGUAAUUCCCGCUGCAAUAACAUCAGCAGUUGCUUUAUCACCAACAAGUACUGAAUCAUUUUCUUCAGCAUCUCCUACUUUUCCAACAAGUCAGUCACCUACAACAGAAUCAGCCUUCCCAUCUAGUUCAUCAUCUACAACUACAGCUACAAGUAGUACCUCUGUCAUAUCAACUGUAUCAAAAUCAGACACGACACUGUUUUCCUCCACAUCAAUACCUACUCUUAACACUAAUUCUGCACCCACUACCUCCUCGCCAACACUCAGCACUAAAACUGACUCUGUACCAACCUCCUCUACAUCAAAACCUGGUACUUCCACUGAUUCUACAGCCACUGCUUCAGUAUCAACACUUAGCACUAAAACUGACUCUACAUUAACUACUUCCACAUCAAACCCUGCAGCUACCACUGAUUCCACAAGUACUGCUUCCAAAUUGACAUUCAGCACUAAAACUGAUGUUACACAAGCUGCCUCUACAUCAUCAUCAUCUACCAUUAUGAGUGCAAUAUCCAGCACUAAAACUGAUUCUACAUCAACUUCCUCCACAUCACUGCCUACAGCUGUUUCCCUUUCAGCAACACAGUCAUCUGCCAUGGAUUCUUCAGCAACUCCAGCUACACAGAGGUCUAGCUCCAACACUGACUCCACAGAUGUAACCACCACCACAACAACUGUAAUUCCCGCUGCAAUAACUUCAGCAGUUGCUUUAUCACCAACAAGUACUGAAUCAUUUUCUUCAGCAUCUCCUACUUUUCCAACAAGUCAGUCACCUACAACAGAAUCAGCCUUCCCAUCUAGUUCAUCAUCUACAACUACAGCUACAAGUAGUACCUCUGUCAUAUCAACUGUAUCAAAAUCAGACACGACACUGUUUUCCUCCACAUCAAUACCUACUCUUAACACUAAUUCUGCACCCACUACCUCCUCGCCAACACUCAGCACUAAAACUGACUCUGUACCAACCUCCUCUACAUCAAAACCUGGUACUUCCACUGAUUCUACAGCCACUGCUUCAGUAUCAACACUUAGCACUAAAACCGACUCAACAUCAACUACUUCCACAUCAAACCCUGCAGCUACCACUGAUUCUACAAGUACUGCUUCCAAAUUGACAUUCAGCACUAAAACUGAUGUUACACAAGCUGCCUCUACAUCAUCAUCAUCUCCCAUUAUGAGUGCAAUAUCCAGCACUAAAACUGAUUCUACAUCAACUUCCUCCACAUCACUGCCUACAGCUGUUUCCCUUUCAGCAACACAGUCAUCUGCCAUGGAUUCUUCAGCAACUCCAGCUACACAGAGGUCUAGCUCCAACACUGACUCCACAGAUGUAACCACCACCACAACAACUGUAAUUCCCGCUGCAAUAACUUCAGCAGUUGCUUUAUCACCAACAAGUACUGAAUCAUUUUCUUCAGCAUCUCCUACUUUUCCAACAAGUCAGUCACCUACAACAGAAUCAGCCUUCCCAUCUAGUUCAUCAUCUACAACUACAGCUACAAUUAGUACCUCUGUCAUAUCAACUGUAUCAAAAUCAGACACGACACUGUUUUCCUCCACAUCAAUACCUACUCUUAACACUAAUUCUGCACCCACUACCUCCUCGCCAACACUCAGCACUAAAACUGACUCUGUACCAACCUCCUCUACAUCAAAACCUGGUACUUCCACUGAUUCUACAGCCACUGCUUCAGUAUCAACACUUAGCACUAAAACUGACUCUACAUUAACUACUUCCACAUCAAACCCUGCAGCUACCACUGAUUCUACAAGUACUGCUUCCAAAUUGACAUUCAGCACUAAAACUGAUGUUACACAAGCUGCCUCUACAUCAUCAUCAUCUCCCAUUAUGAGUGCAAUAUCCAGCACUAAAACUGAUUCUACAUCAACUUCCUCCACAUCACUGCCUACAGCUGUUUCCCUUUCAGCAACACAGUCAUCUGCCAUGGAUUCUUCAGCAACUCCAGCUACACAGAGGUCUAGCUCCAACACUGACUCCACAGAUGUAACCACCACAAAAACAGCUUUAAUUCCAAGUACAAUUACUUCAGCUGCUGCCAAAGUGACAUUCAGCACUAACAGUGAUGUCACAGAAACUGCCUCUGCGUCAUUGCCUACCAUUAUGACUGCUUCCCCAUUAAUAUCCAACACUAAAGCUGACUCUACAAUAAAUUAUGCCACCUUAAAACCAACAUUUUCAAUGGAUUUUACAACCAAUAUCAUAACAUCAACACCUACCACUAAAACUGAUUCUGCAGCAAUUUCCUCAACAUCAGCUACAAUAACUAAAACUGAUGCUACAACAACUGGCCAGACAUUUUCACGUACCAAACUCACUGCUACCACAGUGGUAUUCACCACUAAAACUGAUUCAGUACAGACUACCCCCAUAUCAUCAACUAGAGGUAUGACCACUUUCUCAAUUACACCAAACUCCACAACUGAUUCUACAGAAACUACCUCCUCAUCAUUAUUCACCACAGUUUCUUCCUCUUCAUCAAUAUCCAGUAUAAGAUCUGAUUCUACAGCCAGUGCCUCUACAUCAUCACCCACUAUUAACUCUGAUUCAUUGCCUGCAGAAAUCAUUAAUUCCACAUCAACAUUCAGUAAUAAAAGUAAUUCUACAGCAAUUCUCUCUACAUUAUUUCCCAUAGUUGAUUCAUUUUCAACAAUGAAAACAUCUGCCACUGAUUCUAUAGAAACUGCCACCACACAAUUGUUCAGCUCUGACAAGUCCUCCUCAUUAUUAUCUAGUACAGUGGCUUUGUCUUUACCUAUAUCCAGUAAACUUUCUGAUUCUAAAGCCACUGCCUCCACAUCAUCCUUCACUAUUAACUCUGAUUUAGUAUCUGAAAGAGUCACUGAUACCAUGUUGACAUUUAGCACUAGAACAGGCUCUACAGAAACUUCCUCUACAUCAUUCCCCAUAAUUGAUACCUUUCCAAGUGCCACUGAUUCUACAUCAACUGUCUCCACACUGGUGUCAAACUCUAAAACAAAUUUGAGAGAAGCUUCAUCUGUAUCAGUAUCCAUGACAGUUACUGCCCCCUUGUCAACACCCAAUACAAGAUUUGAUUCCUCAGGCAAUGCAUCCUCAUUACUCACUAUUAAUUCUAUUUCAGUAGCUGCACGAAUCACUGACUCUACACUGACUCUUAGCCAUAAUACUGGUUCUACUUUAAGUUCCUCUUCAACAAUAGUUGAUUCCUUUGAAACAACGCAAACAUCUGCCACCAAUUCUACUGCAACUGCCUCCACACUGGUGCCCAACUCUAAAACUAGUUUGACAGAAACUUCCUCCAUAUCAUUAUCCAACACAGUUCCAUCCUCUGCACCAAUAUCCAAUAUAAGAUCUGAUUCUACAACCAAUACCUCCCCAUCAUCAAUCUCUGUUAACACUGAUUCAGCACCUACAAGAGUCAUUGAUUCAGCAUUGACAAUCAGCACUAAAACUAACAGUACAGUAACUUCCUCAACAUCAAUUCCCAUAACUGAUUCUACAUUAACCGCCUCCACUCUGGAGUCCAAUUCUGCAACAAAUCUGACAGAAACGUCUUCCAAAUCAUUAUCCAUGUCAGCUACUGCCCUUUCAUCAUUAUCCAGCACAAGACCCGAUUCUACAGCCAAUGCCUCCACAUCAACACUUACCACUAACACAAUUUCUGCAGGAACUUUCUCCACAGCCCAACAUAUAUCUAUUGAUUCUACAGCCAAUAUUUUCACAUCAACACUUGCGGAAGGAAAUAAGUCUAUGGUAAUAUCUUCUUCACCAUUGCCCACAGGUAAAAGUGAUGCUACAUCAAUUGGUUUCACAUCAGCACCUACAAGAGUUGCAUCCACUGUGACUAAAACUGAUUUUACAGCUGCUGCCCUUGAGUCAACUGAUUCAACACCAGCUGUCUCUACAUUUACAUUUAACACUAAAAUGGAUUCUGCAGACCCUGGCUCCCCAUCAUUAUCCACCAAGGCUGGCACAUCUUCAUUAACAUUCAUCACUAAAACAUUCUCUACAGCAAAUGUCUCUACUCAGAUAUCAACAGUUGCUACUAAUACUACUGUCAAUGCUACUACAUCGACAGUUAGCAAUAAAACCGCUUCUACUGCAAAUUCCUCUGCAUCAUUACCAACUGAUUCUACAACAAACUCCACUGUAUUCAUAGCAACAAAUAACACAACAAAGUCUGCAGCUACAUCUGAUUCUUGGAUAUCAACACUAAGCACUAAAGCUGAUUCUGUAGGAAAUUCAUCUACAUUAAAACAAUAUUCAAGCCUUGAUACUACAGUCACUACAUCUACAUCAGCCUCCCUUUACUCUGCCUCAGCAGUAAAACCUUCCUCUGUGUCUUAUUCUACAGCCACUCCUACCACAUUAGCAAUUCAUACUAGAAAUGAUUUUAUGGCACCUCCCUCUGCAUUACUAGUCAAGGAUUCUACAACCACUUCAACCACAUCAACACUGAAUAAAAUUAACAAUACAGUAAAUUCUACUUUGCCCAAAACCACAUCAACAGCUAAUAACUUUUUAUCAGCAUCUAUGAUGACAACUAAGGCUGCAUUUGCUAUCAUGUCUUCCACAUCUGCACCUAAAAGUGGUUCAACUGAUGGUGCCUCAGCAUCAGCAUCAAUGACUAAUAAUGAUACUGUAGUAACUGCCAAUAAAUCAGCACCUCCAAAUGACAGUGCAACCACUGCUUAUUUGUCACAACUGACAUCUUCAGAAAGGAAUUCUGCAAUCAAUGUAAAUAUUUUCACUGUAAACUUGCCGGCAAUUAUAUUGCAAUCUAAUACAGCUUCCAGCAUCACCACAUCCACAAGAAGCUAUGGCUCACCCUCAUCAUCAUCAAAAGGCCCUACUUUGAACCCCUCUGCUUUCAUAACAACAUCUGACAUUGUGGUUUGCGCAAGUGAAGACAAAUCAUUUAACAUUAACUUCACUAUUACAAAUAUGGACUUUACAAGUGACUUAGGAGUGAAAACCUCCCCUCUAUACAAAGACGUAGAAGCUAACAUCACUACACUGCUUAACCAGGUAUACCAAAAUAGCGAUGCAAAAGGCUACUUCCAAUCAUGCUCAAUAUUAGACCUAAGUCCAGGAUCUGUGAUAGUAAGCAGUAGUUGUUCUUUCAAAACUGUCAAUGGGAAAAUAUGUGUGGACACCGUAAAAGCUGAGAAAAUCUUUAUAAAUGCAACCAAUAACGUGACACUAUUGGGAGGCAUCUAUCAGCUGAGAAAAGGCAGCUUGACAGUUAAAGAUUACAGUAUUCCUUCUUCAUCAAAUUCUCAAAAUAUUCCCUUUUGGGCAAUUAUUACUAUCGUGCUGGGAUUGUUUAUCCUAAUCCUUCUGCCACUGCUUUGCUACGUACAGUUUGCCAUUUGGAGGCGUCGCAAUGAAAGAAGAUACUACGAAAUACAAUAGAAACCUAAUUCACCUGGAGACGAUUCAACUUGAGUGCAGUAAAACAAGAGGAUCCUGUGCAAUAUUCUGCCCUGUGUGACAUUUUUCUCAAAUGCUUUAUCAGUUGAAAAGAUUUUCAGGGUUUUUAUAUUUGUGUGUUUUUCUUUUCUUUUAAAUUCUGUAUUAAACCUUUG